UGCCCAAAUACAAGAGACUAAGCUCAAGUGCCGUGGCAGUUGCAGUUGCAGUUGCAGUUGCAAAGAGGGCGGAGCUGAAGAGUCUCAGUGGACUAUGGCAGCCUGAUUAUCAACAAGUAGAGUAUAAUGAUUACUUACUCUCGCAAAUUCUACUCAACUAGUAGUUCCCUUUCGUAUAUACCAAAACAGCUUUCUCAAUACAACCCAACGCCUACUUCCAUUCCCUUUUCUCAGCUUCAACAACAGCUAAGCCUCCUAGAAUCCCACCUCGUCUCCACCCUCGAUGCCUGCACCACCCUCGCUCAAAUCAAACAAGUCCACACUCAUAUUCUCCGUAUAGGACUUGACCAGUGUUGCUUUGUCGUCACCAAACUCGUCCGAACGCUCGCCAACCUCAAUGUUCCCAUGGAGCCAUACCCUCGCUCCAUUUUUGAUCAGGUCAAGUAUCCUAAUCCGUUCCUUUACUCUGCUGUCAUUCGGGGUUAUUCAGUCCAAGGACCUUUAAGUGAAUCUAUUAGAUUGUAUGGUUUGAUGAGAAGGAAAGGUAUUGGGCCUGUGUCAUUUACGUUUUCAGCUAUUCUUAAGGCGUGUGGUGCACUGCCGGAAGUAAGUUUGGGGAAGCAGAUGCAUGCCCAGUCGAUUUUGAUUGGUGGGUUUUGCUCUGAUGUGUUCGUCCGGAAUACGUUGAUCGAUAUGUAUAUAAAAUGCGGGUUUUUGGAGUGCGGGCUUAAAGUUUUCGAUGAAAUGCCUGACAAGGAUGUGAUUUCUUGGACGGAGUUAAUUGUUGCAUAUGCAAAGCGUGGCGAUAUGGAGAUUUCACGUGAGUUGUUUGAUGGCUUGCCUGUGAAGGAUAUGAUGGCCUGGACUGCAAUGGUUACAGGUUUUGCACAGAAUGCUAGGCCAAGAGAGGCAAUAGAGUUUUUUGAGAGAAUGCAGGACGCUGGUGUUGGAACUGAUGAAGUAACUUUGGUAGGUGUUAUUUCGGCUUGUGCUCAAUUAGGUGCAGCUAAAUAUGCUGAUUGGAUUCGUGAUAUUGUUGAGAAACUUGGGCCUGUUUCUGGUCAUAGUGUUGUCUUGGGAUCAGCGUUGGUCGAUAUGUACUCAAAGUGCAUGCGUGUCGAGGAUGCUUAUAAAGUUUUUGAGGGGUUGAAGGAUAGGAACGUGUUUUCUUAUAGCUCAAUGAUUAUGGGUUUUUCCAUGCAUGGCCGUACUGAUGCUGCACUUAAAUUGUUUAAUGAAAUGGUUAAAACGGAGACAAAACCAAACAGGGUUACAUUUAUUGGGGUGCUUACUGCUUGUGUCCAUACAGGUAUGGUAGAAGAAGGUCUGUCCAUAUUUGAUUCCAUGGAGAAAUGUUAUGGUGUUAAACCAUCAGCUGAUCAUUAUACUUGCAUAGUGGAUCUGCUUGGACGAGCAGGACGGUUGAAAGAAGCUCUGGAACUUGUUAAAACAAUGCCAAUUGAGCCCCAUGGAGGAGUGUGGGGAGCACUGCUUGGAGCUUGUCGCAUCCAUGGGAAUCCUGACAUUGCUACAAUCGCAGCUAGCCAUUUGUUUGAGCUUGAACCCAAUGGUAUUGGAAACUACAUCAUCCUUUCUAACAUAUAUGCAUCAGCUGGAAGGUGGCAUGAUGUUUCAUGGGUAAGGAAAUUGAUGAGAAGGAAAGGUCUAAAGAAAAAUCCGGGAUGUAGCUGGAUUGAACCAAAGAAAGGAGUCAUUCAUGAGUUCUUUUCAGGGGAUAUGACCCAUCCCAUGUCCAGUGAGAUUAAGCGAGUACUAAUGGAUCUUCUGGAUAGAUUGGAGGCUAAUGGGUACCAACCAAAACUGAGUUCUGUGCCUUAUGAUGUGUGCGAUGAAGAAAAGAGACGUAUACUGAUGACUCAUAGUGAGAAGUUAGCUUUAGCAUUUGGAUUGAUCAGUAUGAAUCCUGGUUGCUCUAUAAGGAUUAUGAAGAACAUAAGAAUCUGUGAAGAUUGCCACUUAGUAAUGUGUGGUGCAUCUCAAAUCAUGGAGAGAGAGAUUGUUGUCAGGGAUAACAUGAGAUUCCAUCAUUUCUCUAAUGGGACAUGCUCUUGUGGUAAUUUCUGGUGACGGGGAUUUAAAUGUUCUUUAGGAUUGGAGAUUGACCACUAGAAUCCUGUCUUCACAUGGAUGGAUUCCACUGCCCUAAUAAUGUUGCACUUGUUUCAACAAAUCAUCUGCUUGAUACUUCAUGUGGAAGAGCUUCAAUCAUUUGUGGGAGACAAUUUGUUCUAGGUGACACGUCUCUUCCAGAUUUUGAUGCAGCAGUUGGUGUUCAAAGCAGAAGGGGAUUAGUAGCAACUAUAGCCAGAGAUCAUUUAUGCCAACCCUGUGGAUGGUUUUGCAGAAAAUACAAGGCAAUUACAGAUUCCUUAAUCUUAGAAAGCUUGGCAUGCAGAGAGGCGAUCCCCCUCGCUUUGGCGAAAGGCUUUGGUAGAGUGAUUAUUGAAGGGGAUUCCCAGGUGCUAAUCAGGGCACUGAAUGGAGACGCAUCACCGCUGGACAUUUGGAAUGUUCUUACCGAUAGUAAGAGGCUUUCAACAUCUCUUAUAGAGGUGUCUUUCUCUUUUGUUCGUAGGCAGGGCAACAGCGCUGCUCACAUAGUGAUUCAUCUUUUCUUUUGCUAUGUAGCACGGGCACGGAAAUGCCAACACAGGAAAAUGUAGAAACAGAAACGGGAAAGGGCAUUUUUAAAAUUUUAGGGAAUGAAAACGUGAAAAAUGCAUAAAUAUAAAAAAUAUAAGAAUAUAUAUAUAUAUUAAUUAGAUAAAAUAAUUAAUGAGUUUAUAACUCAAUAAUGUUAGUAUUAUAGUCAUUUUUAUUACUAAUAUCUUGAAUGGUAGAUUAAAAACUUAAUCAUUGAAAUUAAUAGUAAUAUAAAUAUUAAAAAUAAUGCUCUCACCAAAUAAAAUAUUUUAUUUAAUAAAAAUAAAUUUUAUUCUUGUAAUUAUUAGAAUUUGACUACAUUAUGAAGUAAUUUAAGAAUAAUAAUCAAAGGCAAAACAGAGCAUGGGAACUCGGGAGAUUAAAGGGAUCAUUGGAUCCGCUUACCUGCGAUGCUGAUCCCGUAUCAUCGUCGCCAAGUAAGUCCUUCUCCUCUUCUUCUUCUUUUUGUGAUGUGGUGCUGAUCAGUGCUCUCACUUCUCUAUUUGCAUAAGCCAUUUGUGGUGCAGUGAGCUACAGCUGCUGUAGUAUAAGAAUGACAUUUUCUCACUCUGGCGUAUGCUACAGGCACACAAACUUACUUGUGUCUGAAUAUUGUACCGCUUUAUGUUAGGCUUUUUGCAAUGGCAAUUUUGUUAGGAUAUCAAAUAUACUUUAUUGGUGUGUUAUGUCUUCGCUUUA